AAAGUUCGAGUGAAAGUGGAAAGGCAAAGUGCGCGCGCGCUUUUUCUAUGCUCAAUAAAGGGGAAAUUUCUAUGCUGGUUCUUGGCUUACGAGUGCGUUCACGUUAACAGCAGACAGCAUGGAGUGGAGGUGUUUUGACUAGACGAGAAAAAAAAGUAAAGCCAAACUAUCAAAGCGUGAAGGAUUUUCUAUGGCUGCAGUUGGUGAAGACGAAUAUUGCGUUGUUGGUUUGAAGUUCGGAAUCGAUCGGAAUUAAGAAGCUGAAGAAACUUGUACUGUGAGGCUCCUAAAGUGAUAUGAUUCAUGACACUAUCAGUUGAACACGUGAGAUAUCGUUUGUGAAAAAGCAGGAUUGAUUGAAAGCCAGCAAAAUAUUGAACUAAACCGAUGGCGAUGGAUAACACGACGGAGACAGGCGAGGAGUUUUCCUACCAAACGACGGCACCAAUUGACCCUGAAGAUGAAGGAGCAACGGAUUCACGUCGAGCCGGACACUGCAAGUGGUUCAACGUGAUCAAGGGCUGGGGCUUCAUCACACCGGAUGACGGCGGCCAGGACGUGUUUGUUCAUCAGAGUGUCCUCCAGAUGGAUGGGUUCAGAUCGCUGGGGCAAAACGAACCGGUGGAGUUUGAGUGCAAACUGACGGAUAAGGGCUACGAAGCGACCCGGGUGUUUGGACCGUCCCAGACCCAGUGCAAGGGCAGUGAGUUCCGGCCGAGGGCCAAGCGGAAAUAUCGGAAGAUGAGAUGCUACAACUGCGGUGAAUUCGCGAAUCACAUUGCGCAAAUGUGCGCCCAGGGUCCGUUGCCGAAGCGGUGCCACCACUGCAAGUCCGAAGAUCACCUCGUGGUUGACUGCCCGAACAAACCGCCCCCAAAGGUACAGCAACCUGACCAGCAUCUACAUCAGCAUCAUCAACACCCACAGCAACAACAGCAGCAACAUCAUAGUUCCUCUACUCACCACCAGACGUAA